UUGAGAUUUAAAUUUUAUCAAAUCGCAUGUGGAGUGGGACAAUGUUCUGUUUAUCUAGAAAUCUUCACUAUGACGAAAGUAUGGACAUGAAAGACUCCUCAGGAACCGGAUUAGAGGAUCCUCUGAGAGUUUGUUAUAAUUAGCUGUUUAAAACGUUGACGCUGCGUGAACCCACUUGCUGAAUUCAAUACAAAUGGUUACGAUGGAGAACUUACAGGGAACGAACCAGUUUCGGAAUAGACUAUUAAUGUGGUCCUAGCUAAAAAUAAAGACAAACGGACUCUGUGUUUAGGGCGUUGUCCCUGCUUCGAAUGGCAUCGCCAUGUUGCUGAGGAGGUGCAGAAGGAACACGUUUCGCUAUUCCGUUCCAGUAGCCUUUUUGUUCCUCUUCGCAUUCUUUCUGUUCAAAACCUCAGACACUGAGCUGAGACAUUCAGUCCCCGAGUCAUCUGUAAGGGAUGGCAGACGUUUAUUUGGUGAUCUUCAUACCGAGGCUGUCGUGGAUGUUUGGAAACUUCCAGCAAAAGAUGAACGUCUGGUCUCAAAGAUCAAGCAACUAAUAGAAAAACCAGAGAAGGGUGAUUAUAACCUUACGCACCCAGAUGUAACUGAUUUUUCCAGAGGACAGAGCAUCCAGAUAAAUCAACUUCUAGAUGGUAAGAAGGGGGGAUUUUACAUUGAGAUAGGCGCUUCUGAUGGAGAGGAUGGUUCUGUGUCCCUUUUCUUUGAGAGAUCGAGGGAUUGGGACGGUCUUCUCAUCGAACCUCAUCCAGGGCGUUACAGACAACUACGUCAGAAACACAGAAAAGCCUUAACAUUAAGGACAUGCGUCAGGAGUAAUUCAAGUAAACCUGAAAAAGAAUUCGAAGACGCAAUUGAAGGACACAUAAAGGUUCCAUGUUUGUGGUUGGAAUCCAUACUGAAUGCACUGGGUAAAAAUACAGUUGAUCUGCUCAGUGUAGAUGCCAGAGACCAAGAAAUGGAAAUUCUUAAAGCUAUACCUUUAUCUAAAUAUUCCAUUAAUGUGAUCACCGUGGAAUUUGUAGAAGGAUCAGGAAGUGACAUGUCUGUGAUGAAAUAUUUACUGGACCAUGGUUACCAUGCCAACCACCAAUUUGUCAAUCAUCCCCUACACAGAAAUGACAUGGUAUUUACCAGGAAAAAAUCAAGCUAGAAAGACAGAAUCACAGUAUAGAAAUCAUUUAGAUGAAUGAACACUAUCUGCAAUUCUCUGAAUAAAAGGAAAGUUUGAAUGGAUUGCACACAUGAAUGUCUCAUAUCAAGUUUGCUGCUUCAUCUAGCUAUGAGUUUUAUCAUAAGCUUAAUUUUGUGUAUGACCAUUUUAUCAAUUUUAAACUGCGAUAAAAAUGUAUGUUAACUAAAUAUAUUUCACAUCAUUUAACUUUUGUCUAUAUUAUGUGUGUAGAACAUG